AUGGCCACUGUCGGGUGUAAAGUUGGGGUGUACGUGAGGGUAGUCUCCACCUCAGUCUCUAUUCUCAGUUUGGUGUUGAUUGCAACCGACAGAUACUUUGCUAUUGUAUUUCCCUUAAAACUUCAAUUCUGCUGUCACGAAGAGUUAGAAUAACUGCGCUAGUAGCAACGUGGGUAAUAUCGAUGGGCUAUUGCUUCCCCCAAGACGUGGGAGAAGAGCGUUUCUGAAGAUUUGCAUGGAACGAUAGUGGUGGUCUUAUAAUCUAUUACGUCAGUGGAAUUUCUAUGAUUAAUGUUGCGCCCCUAAUUGUGAUUGUGAUUUUGUAAUCUCGUAUUAUGCAAGCAUUAACAGUUCGGGAGUAUGCCAGUUUUGGAAGAAGCGAUGACGUCAUGAUUCCAUUGUUCUGCUAAAAACACGCAAAAAUAGGAAAAAAUAAUCGCAAGAAACAAGGGAGCUUUUUUCAAAGCCUGUUCCAGGUCUCCUCAUUCAAUAUUCGGGACUUCCGAGCUAGCAGUACCGAUGAAGAAGCCUUCUCCUUGCUUUUUGAAUGUCAAGGGAAGUUUCCUGCCACAUUUCGGUAGUUAAAAGCGACAGUUUUCGAAUGACCUUCGACGCCGCCGCCGCCAUCUUGACGGGUAUCGAAUGUAAGUACAUGACUUUAUGUUUAGUUUUCAGUAUCUUGCCGAAUUUUUACGAAAUCAAGACUAAUUUUCCUCAAAACUACAACGUGUAAAGUGUGUUCAGGCAAAGUUUCAUCGAUGGCAACAACCUAGUAAAAAUGGCAACCACACAUUGAAAAUUGCCAACGGACAGGAAGGGUUACUGAUAUUGAUGGUUAUGCCUUAGUCUGUCUAUGUAGUUUUAGUUAUAUUCGAUCAGGUCUGUUUUUGGUCGUGUUCACCGGUAACGUAUGCGACUCUCAGCUAGAAAUCACUUUGUCUAUCCAGAUCAUGUGUGUGGAAUGAGUUUUAAAUCAGUGUGAGUAGGUUCUUAUAUUGAUUUCUUUUGUUUUGAUCAGGAUUUCCGUCAAAAAUGUUGACAAACAUCUGGAGAUAUUACAAACAUGUUGUCGCGUUUGUGCCAAAAAGCUGGGAAAAGGAACCAUGAAGACAAAAUGCUAAAUAUCUUCAGAACGACAUAUUUGUGCUCUGAGGGCAAAAUAUUGCUUUAGGUUCGCCUUAUGUUCCACUGUAAUGCAAAAUUUAAUGUCCAAAUUCAACCCUACCUCAAUAAAAUUAAACAUGUUUUUUUUGUUUCUUUGUAGUGUGGUCACAGGCUUACCUACCACAAAAGCCCCUCCUUUGACCCUUUCAAAAAUGGGUAAGAGGGAAACAGGUUGGAGGGGGGGCUUAUAUACCUUGUGAGUGGAAGCUCACCUUCAAUGACCAUUCAACCAUAGAAGAGACUGUGGCUCUUUAUUCAAGGGGCUUUAACAGGAGAUAGAUGAGGAAGGAGUCAUGGAAGUGGAGGCUUGUGAAGAUUUUCUCUACAUAAUGUUCAAUCCCUCGCGUCAAAUAUUGUUUAUACUUUACAGAUGCCAAAUACAUAAUAUGUUCAGUCCCCGUGCUGUGCAAAAGGUCAAUCUGAAACAUGAAAAAUGCCACACUCUCCCCCAUCAAUCCCUGUGCAUGAGCAAUUAGCCCACAUUUAAUGUCAUAAUAUCGAAUAUGUGUGUAUUUGAAUAAAUCCUAAAUUAUUGAGAUUCUCUUGAUGAAAAAGUAUCUGUGUUAAUGCAUCGUCUUCAACAAAUCAUCCUCCCUAAUAAAUAAUACAUGAGAGACAUCUCACAAGAUAACUAUUGAAAAUCGAUGUCAGCUGCUACUGUCAGUCAUUAUAUCAAUUAAGUUUUGGUUUUUGGUUUUCAUGUCCAAGAAGGUGUUAAAAAAACAAGAUUUUGAGAUAAAAGAGUGUGUAUAAUAUGCGAGCCAGCGAGCCAUGGCAGCAAGUCAUGCAGGUUAGAAUCAAAAACAGUAAUACGGAAAGAAUUAACUGUCAGGACCUAAAAUAAAAUGUUUAUUUACAAAAAACAAAAUGUAACAAUAAAUAACUUUUAUUGUAUCUUUACUCUGAUGUGUGAGCUUUGUUUUCUUGAAAGUGCUGUUCAAUAGAAACAUGAAGAACCGGCUAUGAAAAAGAACUUUGGAAAACUUAUGUUGUGUCCAUGCCAAGUGCAGUAAUCAUUAUUAUUUUGGGCCAAACCUUGUCUAAUAGAAUUGUUUGAGGGUCCCCACAGAGAAGACCUGGAGAAAAGUGCUCCUCAAAGUUACAAUGCCUUUGGUUUAAAGGCAACCCAGAGUUAAAGACAAUAAUUUAGUAUUAUUCGGAUGUAACAUCAAAUCCCAUACAAGAGGAUAUUUUAUAACAAACCAUAACCCUGUUGAUCUCUAACCUCUGGUCAAAUCCGGUGGACUACAAGACUAUAGUGUCCCAUUUUAAUCAACAGAUCCAAAAGCAUAUAACAAGCAUAAUUCUUAGUUUUCCAAUAUGUAUAUUAAAUUCUAAAGAGCCUCUUGCAUUUGUUAAGCUUAACCAAAUAAUCAGUGAACUUCAGAAAGUGGAAUAUUGGAAAACAAUAGGUUUUUUUGAAGCGGGACAAAAAAAAAUGAUCAGGGAUGAUAAGUAAGAUUUUCACUUUGUGGGUUUUCAAGAAGAAAAUGCGGGCACAAUACCCUCAGAAAUCCCUUGUAAACCUGUUGUAUAUCUGGACGGAACCGCGUCAAGACAUAAACCAACAGAACAUCAUAUUCGAAAAAACAGAUAUUUUACUCACAAAUGACUCGCUUGCACCAAAACAAUAACCUGAAUUACAGCCGUCUUCUCCGGCAAGUCGCUCACUCGCGGGAGAGAAACAGAAGCAACGAGAAAAAUUAAUUAACACUUACUGUAAAAGCAAACAUAAGGAAAUGAAUUAUAGAACAACUCACUUUUUAGUUGUUUCCAAAGCAUUCUUUCUUCCUUAUGAUAUAAAAAAAUAAUGAAAUAAAUAGGCACAAACUUGUUAGCGUGCUUACCUAUUUUCGAUGUACUGAUUACAUACGCAGUUAGUACGCAGUGCCUACUAAGCGCGCGAUAAACGAAGAACUAUAGCGCAAGAAUGGUUAUUCCCUGUCCUCAAGGUACUUCCCAAUUCAUAGUAACGAAAAGACAAAUAAAAGGCUCGAUAAAACAAGAAUAAACGAGAAUUUUGGUCAAUACUCUUUCCUCUCCUCUCCCUUGUCCGCCAUUUUGUAUGUUUUGAAAAUGACCAUCGCCAUGGUGAUCAUGUUAUGGUUGGUGACGUAGACCAUUGUUUUCGCUUCUUCCAAAACUGGCAUACUCCCGAACUGAUUAAGGAAAAAAUCAAUGCAGGACCCCUUUCUGACACAAAUUCAAAAGGCAAAAGAUGCAAGCAAUUGCAACACAUUAUGAAAACAUUCAAAUCAAUUGUGAUAGCCUAUUCUGCCUGCUUUUUUAUUUUUUGCGUUUAUUUGAUUUUAAAGUUGACUUUCCCUGCAAUUUUCAUCAAGUAUAAAUGUAAGUGGAUUCUCGGCUUUUCCUAUUUUGUUCUUCCGUUGCUCAGCACAGCAAUGAACCCAGUCAUUCUUUUCUGUUUUAGUUCCAAUUUCCGUCACGCCUUGCAAACCUUGUGGCCAUUUCGGCGAACCAAUUUCUGUUGUUCAUGUUUUAAGGAAAGAAAGGCAGAAGGGCCCAAUUAGACAAAACGAACACGUGCAACUACAGCACUGUAGUGGUACUGUAAUAAUACACUGUCAGGUAUGUGGGAAACACGAUACUUUUCUUGCUGUUUAUUGCACUUUAUUAAAUAACAGUUAUUUAGGUAUAUAUUUAUAGAAAACAACAACACAAAAAACGGAAAAAAAAGAAAGAAGAAGAAAAAAAGUUGAGUAGGACUCGACCCCGGCAUUACGUGACGUACGCAUUACGUAACACAUGCUCUUCAACAGUACCUCAAUAAGGACCUUACGAUACCCUGGACGGGGCGGUAAAGAGAACAUGGGUUUGCCGGAGAAAGCCUGGAGCGAGGACACCGCCACAUUGGCAGGAAAAACAAAUUAUGUUUGAGCAGGAUAAUGUAAUGCUUUCGUGUCUUUUAGAAAAACCCGUGAAGUCUUGCUUGAUUGAUAUCUUAUUGAUCUUUUAUUGAAAGAAAAAUAUGUGCUGCCGGCUAUGACUCCAGUUUCUCUAAAAUUCCCCGAAUUUCUUCGAGGGAAAUCGGAAUUCGGGUUAUUAGCUAUCUGUUCCCAGACUUUUCCCCUUUCCGUUGUUCUUGCUGUUAAAACAAUAUGGUUCUGUUAUGAGAACUUCCCGUGCUAAGGCGAUUUUGAUCUUCAGACCGCUCAAGCGCUAAACUGAAAGUGAACAAAAUAAAAUAUUUAUUAUGAAAGAUAAAUGAACCAUGGCGUCUUGUUCAAGAUCUCAAUUUUCUCCGACAUGUUCAAGUUUAUCACAAGCCUAGAUAUUUGUUUUCCAACAAUUUUUAUUCUUCUCGUCUCUUAAAUUUUUCAAAUACUACCCUACAGCGAGAACGUUGCCCCCUUAAAAAUAAGCAGUUAUAGUGUUACAUUUGGGUCACAAGACUCUGCGCUUUCAUUCUCAGUUGCCGCUAAAACACUGAACCCAAAAGGCUUGAUAGCAAAAAAAUAAGAGUCAAUCUCAAGAGAACAUCACACUAUUCUGUAUUUUUGUAUUUUAUUUUUACUCCAUCUUAUAAAACAUUAGUUGUACAAUAAUACAUAAUAAUAAUAAUAAUAAAAGAAGAAAAUUAGAAUGGAGAAGGGCACAUUAUAGCAGAUUAUAGUAAAACUAAUCAUGGCCCUUUAACAAGAUUGAAAAUCACACUAAAAACACUUAAAUGUGUCUCUUGAAGUGAAAUGGAUCGAAAAUCCUGAAUGAAAAGCAAUUUCUGCACUGAAAACAAGAAACCCAACUCACCGUUUAACGAGGCGGCCAAACUUGUAGUUUUCGCCGUCGCGACUUCAGGUCGACGCAGUGGCAUUAUGCUAAUUAGUUCCAAAAUGAACAUUUCAGUUCCAGUUGAAGUCCUCCUCGGCCGCGUUCAGAGUAUCUUAAGGUCCCUAAUAACUGUGACGCAUAUUUUUGCUUAACAUUCAAAUAAGAAUUGUCCUCUCCCAUUGCUUUCUUAUCAAUCACACAGACAAUAGAUCUGAAAUGCAACAAGCCUCUGUUUCUCGUACAUGAAUAACUGAGCCCAGGUGAGUUUGAUGCAUCGCAUAGUUGGUCUAUUUCCUACGCAGUAAUAUUAUCAAUGAUAAAAAUGCUAUCCUGAAUUUUCAAGACAUAGCAUUUUUUAAAGGUGGCACAGAGAGCCUCCAGGUCAAUUCGGUUUAACGCAGAACACGCCGGUGACCCAGGUCCGGAAAAAGUUUUGAACGAACUAUUAUUUUUCCUGCCACAACCUGUUUACACGAGGCCGCUUUGCCGUUCAAAAACUUGCACGGUACCGCGGGUCGGUGUGUUAACGAAAGGUGGAUCCGUGCAGGUUUUUGUCCGUUCAAAAAUUUUUCCAUACUUGUGUAAACGGGAUCUAAGGCUCGUCUGAAGUGGCGGACUGGUCGAAGUAGGUGUCGAACUACGGCAAAGCACUGAAAAGCACAACUUAUUUGAAAGUACCCGGAGAGCUCUGCUGUGAUACACAACAAUUGAUUUGGUAGAAGCGUGCAGAUAAUCUUUUGUGGAGGUAAUCUAUAAAAUUUCUAUUGUGACAUUUCGAUUUCAUGUAGUCGAACCUUUCUGUCAGGCUACUAGUGAAUUGAAUUUACAGGUAUAGAUCGACUUUCGUGGGAUUUUAUAUCACGAGGGCAGCCAUGCAAUAUAUGUGUUUUUAAAAUGCAGAUAUAGUGUUCAAUCCACAUGUAACCGAUAAUAGAUCAUAGUUUAUAUGAAUGUGCCCUGACUAUGAAGCCCGAUACUAGAUAAUUCUCUCCUUUUAAUUGCUUUUGUUAUCGGUUUUCUUCCUGAUCGUACUUAGGCCAUGUCCAAACGAAUCCAGACAUUUUUGAAACCGAAUAUUUUUUGUCCGGAUUCCUGUGGACGUGGGACGGUUAAACCUCUCUUUAAAAAAUGCGGUUUCGGUAUCCGCAUUCACUGGUUUCGUGUGGACGGAGGGCCGAUUCGUGUAAAAAACUAUGCGGUUUAACAAAUAUCCUGAUUCGUGUGAACAUGGCCUUACCGUACAGUCACGCCUGAUUUCUACAUGACCAUUUGAACCCUGUGCCACUGCGAUGGUGAUUCAGGGAUAACGUGUAAACAAACAAAAGCAAAAGAAACAAACAAAAGAUUAUGCAUUCAGAGUCAAGGAGCUUCCAACAGCUGUUAUGUUCGCAAUUGAAUUUUUAUAACUUUAAAUGUGUAGCCUGAGAUUAAUCAAUUUAAAACCCAAGCUAGAUAAAAAAAGCCAAACUGCUUUGAAAUUUUAACUCCUAAAUGACCUGCUAAUGGUGCAAAAAAAGGCCAGACCUCCUUCAAAUGCGUCCAGCCUCUGUCCCUCGUUUCUACAUGAGCAACUGAUCAGAGCCAAUCAGAAUCGGGGAAAUAUUUUGAAUGAAUAAUAAUUUAGCUUAAUAUUCAACAAAGUAUUGUUCUCGCUCAUUGCUUUGUUACAAUUCAGGGCGUCACACAGAUAAUAGAUUUGAAAUGCAUCAAGCCUCUGUCCCUCGUUUCUACAUGAGCAACUAAAGUGAGUGGUGAUUUUAUUAGCACAGGUGAGUAUGAUGUAUUCCAGAAAGUAACUUCGCGCUCUAUUUCGUAUACGCCUUUAUAUCGAUGAUAGAACGGUGCACCCUAGAUUUUCGAGGUACAGUAUUUUUUAUGAGUGAAGCAGGCUAGGGUGCCUCAAGAUCAAUUCAAGGUUAUUCGGUUUAAUGAGAAACACAAUAACAAUAUACAGUAUAUAUAUAUAUAAUGACAAUAUAUCUCAGACCCGUUUGAAAUAUUUGACUGAGUCUUUGGUAAAGCAACGGCAGAACUCGUUUGAAAUAAAACUAAUCGCCGAAGAGCUUUUCUUUCCCUUACGUGCGAAGAGUAGGUAAAAUUAUAAUAGUAAAACGUGAUACAAUUGGACGUUGCUAAAAAUGCAUGAUAUUCGUCAUUCGGGGAGUAUAAAAGUAAUUAAAUUUGAAAAAAUAUUGACAUUUUGAUAACUGCAAAAUAACAAAUGGAUUAUAAUAUCAGAAACAGGUUUUUUUUUUAUAGAAUUAGUUCGAACUGAAAUGAAGGCCUUAAAAUUCGUUUUGCAAAAUGCAUGCAAUUUAAAUUCAUCAAUACUCCUUAUUGGCUGGAUAAGAAAGGCGUUAUAGUAGCCUGAGAACAGAUAAUCAUGGGUCAAAGGAAAGAUAUUAAUAUAUUAAUAUUUAAGAAAAAUAUUCAUUUUUAUACAUAUUUGUAUGCAUGGAUAACGUGACUCGAGCGCUUCAAUAGUACAUUAUAACUGUGACGUAUAUUUAACAAUGGUUAGGGGGAAAAUGUAGAUUUCAUUGGGUUUUCAAUUUAUUUCAUGGCACGUGGACUACAAAAUUAUAAAAUAGGAUUUCAACUGUUUUGAAUAAGUUUUUAUUUAAGUCUGUGCAAACAGGAAUCUUUAUUCUCUGUGCAAACAUUGUAACCGAGAUUGUUUACUCAUGUAUAUAAUUACUGGAACAGUGGGCCUUAGGAAAUUUCUGUACGCAUAUUAUAUGUAUAAAGCUUAGUCACUGAAUAACUAGACCUUUCGUCUGUUCAAAUACCAACCGUUCGUAGUUAUUAGUUUCGAGAGGGAUCCUGAGCAAAGGAAACUCGAAUUAUUUUACACAGCUUUCUUUGUAAACUUCCUAAAUUCAGUUGCUUGACUGACAUUUAAUUUUGAGCUAUUUAGUUUAACAUAUGAACUUUUAAACUGAAUUUAUCCAGAUUUGUUUUCGCUGUUCAGCUGAUUUUAUUCAGCCUUCUUUCCUUUUGUUUUGUGAUGUUGUAAUAAAUUGAUCGGUUAGUAUAAAUAGAGCACUGAUUAUUCCUGUUUUUCGAUUUUUCAUUGCGGAUUUAAUUGAUUGUACAAGUUACUUUAACGAGCUGAGGAUUAAACUGUUGAAGUCCAAGUUUGAGUCCUGUCCUGUUUCCAGUUGUAGCAGUUCCGGUACCUUGGAAUAGUGACGAGUUCCUUUCCCGUUAGCCAAGCGAGUUGCGAGUUUGUUUUCCCCCUUGUUGUUCUUACGCCGAAGUCGCUCGAGUUCUCUUUACGCUUAAGUUCCCGAUUUGUGCUUGGAAGGGCAAAACAAACGUUACACAAUUAAUCAAAAAACCUAAAAAUGGCCUUUUACCAACUUUUUCACCUGAUUUUACAUGAAAUAGACAGAUCUGGUUGUUUUAUGCUGAAAAGUGGAUUUUUCUCAAAAAGCUUGGUACCAUGCUUAACACAUUCACUCCUGGAGAUUUUGCCGAAAAACGCGUUUUGAAGCUAGUCGAGUGGUUUUCUGGUCACUGUCGUGCUAUAAAGAGCUAAAACUUACCACAAACCGGUUUACAGGUCGUACACUUCGCGGCCUUCUAAUCCAGAUGCAAAAUAUCAGCUUGCGAAGUUCGGGCAUGCGCAGAAAGCAAAAUUUCGAGUUUUUGGGUUAAAAGUGACACAGCAGUCUUGACUUUUACUUUUCGCUUUCUCUCCUCCCUUCUUUUUUCGCUUUUCUUUCCUCAUUUUUUUUUCUCUUGCUGGGCAUUUAGUAGGCUUCAUUUUGGUGGGAAGAGUUUUUAGGAAAGCUUUUAGGAUCUUAAGAUUAGGUGAAAGGAAAGGUAAGUGAGCAAUGGAACAAGAUUUUUAUGGAGAUUUUCAGGUCAAUGCCACGUGGUUUUUUGCUUCUUUCUCCGGUGUCCUUGACUGAAUUGUGCUCAUUCUGGUAUGGUUUGAAAGAUCUCUUCGCUCUGCAUAAGUUAGCGAAGAAAGUUGUCCUUGAGCGUUAAAACUGAUGACGCCACAAAGGGUAGAAAGGACCUGGAUACGCAAGGGCGGUUACGGGCGGUUCAGGGGCGAAUGGGUUAAGGAAUGAGGCUGAGUAUUUUAUGAAGAAUUAUGGAGAUCGAGGAAGGUGGUUUUGAACUAUUAAUAUUCUCGUCGGGUGCCCCUGGAUAAUCUCUUGUAGGAGAGUACUGUCUUUACUCUUUUAUGAUAGUUCGACGUGAAUGAAGUCGAACUCCCUGAAAAGGGAUUUUUUAGUCACGAAGGCGGUCGUACUGCAUGCAUUUUUUUACAAUACGGAUAUUGUGUUAUUGCCAACUUGGGUAUUUAUGUUCAAGUUCAAAGCUCAAUAGACAGAACGGCUGUACCGUUCUCGCCACAACAAAGUACAACUAAAGUUGCUCUUACAAAAGCAAUAAGCACAAAGCCAACCCGGCAACUGAUGAGGUUCGUUUGGAGAACCGAAACCAUGGUCUUGCCUGAUCACAAACUGUGGCAAUCACAAAGCAGUUUAAAGACUGUUAAGGUUAUUCAUAGCUAUUACCAAGGGAGCAACUACGCGCUCCAGUCAAAAGACUCACACUAUCUUUAGAAAAACACUAAGCUGGAGUUUACUGAGUCACAAUUCAAUUCUCCAUAGUAAGUUUAUGUAGCUUCAUUUUAAGCUGCAAUUCACUCUUAUAAUUUUGGAUCUGUAAGUCACUAUCCGUGAUGAUUUAACAUUCUGCGAAGAAAACUGACGAGCUGGGCCCAGCGUGAUACAGCAUUGUAGAAAAACAUUACACUCACGGACUAAAGAAAAUUGCUUAGUUAUUCAGAUCCAGAAGGCACUUUGGAGAAAAUUGGAACCCUUAUUCAGCCGUAAUAAACGCUUCAAAAGAGGUCAAAGAAAAUGCGCUUGCAUCAGAGGGCAAAUCCUGCCGACCAGAAAACAAUAACUACAGUCAAUCUAUAUGUAUGUCAUGACCUCUCAGUGUGAAACAUGCGGCUAAAAUCACAUUUGCUCAGUUUAAAUGCAGAACCUUCCAGAGCAUAAUCUACCCAGCAGAUAAAAACAAUUCUGUUGGAAUAAGCAGCAUUUUAGCAUGAGGUAAAAGUCGUGUAGGCCUAUCACCCCCUUUUAUUGCUAUGCAUUGUUUCUGAUUGGCUUUUACCUCCCUAGGCUUAAGUGGGCGUUAUACAAUCGCGGAUUUAAAGACGAUUAUAUUGGCAAUUUGACUUUUCACAGUCCUCUAUUUUCUACGUAAGAUCACCAGGAUCGAGAGCUUACUGGUACGGGAGGCUAUCUUGGUUCCAUAACCGUCUCCCGCCCUCUAAGUAGAUUUGACACUUAUCCCCAGGCUAAAAUCAAAACAUUUGAAACCAAGAUGGCGGCCCUAACGCAAAGCGCUCGAUCUCAAAGAUCUUACGGAAAAAUUGGGAACGUGUUCUUAAGGAAAAAUGGGCAAUUGGUUUUUUGCGUUGGUCAAGUUACUUUUAUAACUAUAUCUUAAAGUUUCAGUUUUUAACUGGCUUUUCAAUUGUAUUAUAUUUAAACAAGAUCUAACAUUGUUCUAAAUAAUAAAUACAAAUGACUCAUGACGUUCAUGUUUUUCAUCCCAAUCAUAGUAAAAAAAGCGAAAAAAAGAAAAUUAAAAUCGAAACUUUUUGCUUUGAUAACUAAAUAACUACCUUCAUUAAUUUAUCUCAAUAACUUUUUCAGGUUAAACUACUAAUCGCAAGUACUUAUUAAGAUAUUUACAUGGAUAACUCAAGCCACGUUGGAAACGAACCUUGCUCUCAGGCAGUUUCUAUUGUCUUCACAACAGUGUUGGCUAUAAUCAGUUUGGUUGCGUUUAUUGGCAACAUUUUAGUGAUGACGGUGGUUUACAAGACGCCAAGCCUUAGAACAAGCACCAACUACUAUUACGUCAACAUGGCGGUGUCAGAUUUCCUUUCUAGUCUUACAUUAUGGCCACUGUACCUCACUGACGAGAUAAUAACACAGCGAGGAAGCGUGAUUAAAGGCCCAAUGGCCACUGUCGGGUGUAAAGUUGGGAUGUACGUGAGGGUAGUCUCCACCUCAGUCUCUAUUCUUAGUUUGGUGUUGAUUGCAACCGACAGAUACUUUGCUAUUGUAUUUCCCUUAAAAACUUCAAUUCUACUGUCAAGAAGAGUUAGAAUAACUGCGCUGGUAGCAACGUGGGUAUUAUCGAUGGGCUAUUGCUUCCCUAUGAUUUAUUUCUCUAAAGUGGAAGACGUGGGAGAAGAGCGUUUCUGCAGAUUUGCAUGGAACGAUACUGGUGCUCUUAUAAUCUACUACGUCAGUGGAAUUUCUAUGUUUAGUGUUGCGCCUCUAAUUGCGAUUGUGAUUUUGUAUUCUCGUAUUAUGCAAGCAUUAAGAAAAAAAUUCAAUUCAGGACCCCUCUCUGGAAACACAAAUUCAGAAGGCAAAAGAUGCAAGCAAUUGCAACACAUUAUGAAAAUAUUCAAAUCAAUUGUGAUAGCCCAUUCUACUUGCUUUUUUCUUUUUUUGCGUGUAUUUGAUUUUGAAGAUGACUUUCCCUGA